GCAAGACUGGACUAUCUACGUGAACAAUAUCACAUUCGGCCUAAUGAAUUCAUAACUUUCGAUGCAAUGCGGCAUGCAGCCCAAUGCUUAGGCAGAGCUAUUCGUGGAAAGUCUGACUAUGGCGUUCUUGUUAUGGCCGAUAAGCGUUAUGCACGGUCUGACAAACGAUCUAAGCUUCCUGCUUGGAUUCAAGCCCAGAUGAAUGAUGCGUUCGUCAAUCUGUCGACUGAAGAGGCGGUCCAGGCAGCUCGACGAUUCCUUCGUCUAAUGGGCCAGCCAUUUAAGCAGGCUAACCAACUCGGCUUGGCUCUUUUGACCCGCGAGCAGGCUGCACGUUUGGCCACAUCCGUUGGUGAGGCAACAGCUCGAGCUCAUAGACUUUUGCCAGGGCCCACCGCAGUUUCAAUGUCCUCCCUAUCGACCCUUGGAAGCACGGCCGAUCCCGGACCCACUUCUGUUGCUUCUGUUUUGCCUAUAGCUAAUUCAGCAACCGUCAUAAAAUAA